CUUCGGCUCAAUUGAUCUGUCGGGCGGGGUGUGAAACGUUCCUCAGGCGAGGCCUAGCCUGUAGACUUGCGGAGGAAGCACCACUGCAUGAGGGCAAAGACGGAGCCUGGGAGGCGAUCAGUAGUUUCUCGUAGCCUGGUUUGGGAAAGGCUGUUCCUUAUCGGACCGAUGGAAGUGAGUGCCUGGACGGUUGACUCCAAUGGCCCUACCGAGAUGUGCGGGGUGAUUCCCGAGAUUAACGGUGGGUACAUGAGCGGCAAGUCGGGAUGGGGUAUUCUGGGCAAGAAGGUGGCGGAUUGGGUCGGAGUCGAACUUGCGGAAAACAUGGUUUACUUAGUAACGAAAGUUGAGUGGCGUGCGAACGAGAGUGGGGAAUGGAACCCGGACCCGUGGGGGCAUGUGCGUGCAGAAGGGCGGUUGCAUAUGUCAGAGGAUGGGUGGCGGGAGUUUGGAGUUAUGUUGGCGUCAGGAGAAAAUCCAUUGAGCAUGUUCGAAGGGGCGUGGCAGUUGGUGUGGCAGGCGGGAAUCGAAUUCGCGGACCCAGGGAUGGAUGAUGUAACAGCAGACCUUAGGGUAGCCAUGGUCGGGAGCUUUGAAUUGCCCAGUGAGAAUGUCCGGAUGAGACUGCUGCCCUUCCUCCUGGAAAGGCUAGGCGGAGUGGAACUUAUCAGACUGAUUCAGACGCGCGAUGAUGGCCGGGAUGAGGAGGACCCCCAGGGCGCAGGGUCACGUGAGGGACGCAGGACCGGUCAGGACGAGGCCAAGUGUGAGGGGAAGGAUAAUAGCCACAAAGGAACGCCUAGCAAGAAGGGGAAGGACAAGAACGACCCCCUGGCAGAGGGAACGGAAAACGCUAUGACCCCGCCUGCCAUCGACAUCCGCACUAGCCGACUGUCAGCCAUGCCGAAAGUAACAGGGGCGUGCGGCGGACUCUGGAGCCUUAGGGAAAGGGUGCUAGGAUGGUUUGACCCAGAAGGAACGCCGAAAACCAGGGAGAAGCAGAGGGAAAGCACGGAAGGGGAAGGGACCAGUGCAGCUGGAGAAGCAGGUAGCUCCGAAGGUGGUCUCAAGAGGAUAGUCACCACCCUCACCCGGGCACUAAACAAGAACCAGGGAUACCUCGUAGAUGCAAAGAAAAAACUCACGUUCGAUGGGGCAAACAUUACGGAGUUUCUGAUAGACUAUGAGAACCUAGCAUCCUUCCUAAAAUGGACGGAAGAGGAAAAGAUGGAGCACCUAGGGCAACACAUGUCGCUAAGCUUGGGAAGGGACAUUAUGGCCAUCGUCGCGUCCAGUGGAUCCUGGAAAGAAACCAGGAACGAGAUGAUGAGAAAAUACCUACAGGCAGAGAAAAUGGCAACAGAGGCCGAAUUAGCAGCAGUCCAGAGGAAAAACUAUGCGACUUACAACGAUUUCUUAAAGGUAUUUACGUUAGUGGUGCUGCGAAUUCCCGGGGUAACGGACCACAUAAUGAGUAAAUAUUUCCUCAGGCAGUUCUCCGAGUUUGAAAAGGAUAAGAUUAUGUCAGCAUACCAGCAAACCCAAAUAAUUGGCAUGCACUUGCAUGACGGCACGUACAUGAUAGACAUAGAGGAUCCGGUGAUAGGUCGCGGAGAACUCCUCCGACUCCUCGGAACGGGAGGGGACCCUCCCAAGGGUAAACUGGCAACCUGGUUGCCGACGUUUGAGGAAAGUGCACGGAAAGGCGCAAUCUCAUGGAUGGAAGAGGGCAGUGUGCGAAAAUAUAAGCCCGUAGGGAAGAAGGUCAAGCCGGUCUCGAUCCUAGUAGAAACAUCAAGGGAAGAGGUCAUGGAAAAGGAAGAGGAGAUCCUACAGGUUAUAAGGGAGAGACGCGCAACGGAAGGUCAUCACAUACCAGAUGACGUAGCAGAUACCAUGAAAAUAGGAGUGGAAGGGUUCCUAACACCGAAAGAAACUCAGUUGAUAAGAAAGGCACGUCAUGAGUUUUAUUUAGCUUUCGCUUUCAACGAUCAUCCGAAAGGGCGAUUGGACGCAAAGCUAGUUCCCCCUGUCAGGAUCCACACCGAUCAGCACGAGUGUUGGAAUGAUAAAGGGCCCGCCUAUGAGUUUGGGAUAACAGCGGAGGUCACCGACCUACUUAGAGCCAAGAUAGAUUCUUUCGUGGCUGAACCCACCGCAUCCCCCUACACGAACAGGUGGUUCAUGUUCAGGAAGCCCAAUAAGACGCUCAGGUGGAUCCAGGACCUGCAAAAGUUCAAUGCGGUAACAAUUAGCCUAAGGGACGCAGGCUCGCUUCCACAGACCGACUUAAUGGCAGAGUCUCAUGCGGGGCGGAGCAUUUACUCCCUGAUAGAUUUGUACUCAGGAUAUGAUCGGUUGCCGCUCGACGCGAGGGAUAGACUGUACACCGCAAUGCACACCCCCGUAGGACAGUUGCAGAUGCAAGUGACCCCUAUGGGUUUCACAAAUACGGUAGCAGAGGCGCAGAGGAGGAUGCUCGCCGUCACAGGGGAUAUGUUUCCAGAGAUGUGUGAACCGUAUAUAGAUGAUAAUCCUGUAAAAGGCGCAAGGUAUAAGGACGAGACAGAGGUCGAGCCAGGUGUGCGAAAAUUUGUCUGGGAUCACCUGCAGGAUAUCAAGGAUCUCCUACAACGGUUCUUGCUCUAUAAUAUUACCGCAAGUGGGCCAAAAAACAUCCUGGCUAUCCCGGAGGUAACUAUACUGGGAUUUCGUUGUGGGGCCUAUGGGAGGAGACCCGACCCAACAAAGACAGAUAAGAUCUCUCAGUGGCCGACACCCCUGCGUACCACGAUGGAAGUACGAGCCUUCCUAGGGGUGGUUGGAUUCUGGAGGAUCUUCAUCAAAGGUUUCGCAAAGAUAGCAGAACCUAUCCGCGCGAUGAUUUGGGAAGGUGGCAUUAUGGAUUGGACCGAGGAUAGGGAAGAGGCAUCCCAGACCCUGAAAGACAUUAUGUCGUCCGAUCAGGUUAUCUUAGCUGCACCCUGCUUCAAUGACGAAGUAGGACGGCCGUUCAUCCUAGAGACAGAUGGCGACCCAAGGGUAGCAGGAGCCGUAUUGAUACAGAAAAGCAAGGAGGGCAAGGAAAGACCGAUCAGAUUCGAGAGUAGGACCUUGAAUUCGGUAGAACGGCGGUACUCGCAGUUCAAAAAGGAGGUCUUAGCCAUCCUACAUUGCUUGAAGACCUUCCAGGCAUAUCUGUUCGGAAGACGAUUCAUCUUAAGGAUCGAUCCCACCAAUGUUGUCGGGGCACUGAAGAAUUACAAGCCUAUAGAUCCGACCGACAUGACAAAAUGUCCAAAGGAGUUCGUGUCGGCCAUAGAAACGUUGCAGAGCCACUUGCCAGGUCAUCCGAGCUUGCAGUGGCCACCUCUUCGAUUUCCCGAGGACGCGGUGCCGCCGCUGGUUCCUCCCACCACCCCUUCUGGAGUCGUCGCAUCGCCCAAUUCUGGGGCUCCGGCCAUUCGAGUCACGAUACCGCGUCCUGCAACAACAGUUGCAACACGACCGGCAGCCCCGCCGUUUGCGCCGCUGGCUGGGACACGAGGUGCUCGCGAUGUGGGAGUUGGUCGUUCCACGCCAGCCAACGAGCCCCCGCCUCUGAGGGAUGGUGUGGGCUCUGCGACAUUUGACGAGGAGAGCACACGUGCAUUUAUUGAGAGUCGCAGGUGGGGGGGGAGUGCCGGCAGUUCAGCGCCCGCGCUCGCCCCUGUUUUCAGGAGUGCUAGGCAGUCUGAUGUCGCACGGGGUGGAACUGCGGUGGCACCUGGCGCAUCACCCCGCAGUUCGUCGGAGCACCCCUGGCUGCCAUCGCCACCGUCGAGAGCGGCGCAGCAUCCAAUGGUCCACCACGCUCACGGAACCACCCACCGUGGCUGCCACCGCCACCGUCGAGACGGAGGCGAGGGCGGGGGAGGCGGUGGCGGAGGCGGGGGCGGUGACAAAGGGGGAGAUGGUGGCGGUGACGAGGGGGGAGAUGGUGGAGGCGGUGAGGGGGGGGGUGAUGGUGGACGGAGCGGGUGCCGUGGCGAUAGGGUUGAUGAGCGUGUGGACGGCGAUUUUAUGCCCCGUGGUCGCUACGUUUUGAAGCGGUUGAGACACGGGGGUAGGCGGGAUGACAGUAUUGCGUCUCGUGUACGCAGACGUCGUGUCCACAUUGCGAUCGACACGGGGGCACGUGACAUGCGGCAGGACCCGGUUGCCCGAGACCCUUCAAUUGCGAUCUUCGCCGGUCCCCGAUCUUAGGAAUCUUUUAUUUUGAUUCAGAACAGUAGAGAAUUAUGCAAAUAAAAAUCAUAAAAUUAU